AGAUCCGGCCCAGUGCCUGGGUUCCAGGAGGACAUGCUGCAGUUGGCCUUCAUCGACUUGAGACAACUUUUGGAUCUCUUCAUCCAAUGGGAUUGGUCAACCUACCUGGCUGAUUAUGGUCAGCCCAACUGCAAGUAUCUCCGGGUAAACCCAGUGACAGCUCUGACCCUGCUUGAGAAGAUAUCUAGAGAGAUGAAGGAUACUAGCCGCAAGAACAACAUGUUUGCACAGUUUCGGAAAAAUGAACGAGACAAGCAGAAACUGAUUGACACUGUGGCCAAGCAGCUCCGAGGACUCAUCAGCAGCCACCACUCAUGAAGGCUGGUCCUGGGCAUACAUAGUCUGGGAUCCAGCCUGGCUGGCCUAGCAUUUGUGCAUUCUUCUUCAAAGAGAACAUAUGUAUUUUUUUAUUAACCCCUGUACAGUAUUCACAUUACCUUUCCCUGUAGUAAAAGAGUCACAAAAAUAAGCAAGUACAUGAGAUGUUGCUAGGCUGGGACUCAGAGGAAGUUAUUACUACUCUAUCUGUAUUAUCCUAGAGAUAGUGGUAUCAUCAAUCCCAGUGUGAUGAGCCACCUUUCACCCACGGUUCUAGAGCUUAGGUCUGGAGCUUAAGAACUACAUAAACAAAGUGGGUGCUUGGUGCUAGAAGGUAAGGUGAGUAAGUCAAAGGAUAAUAAGGUAUAUCCUGUUCACUCUUGGGUGCCCCGUUCACCACAUAGAUGAGGCUGAUUCUUCUUGACACAAGGAAAGGGCCUGGAAAACAUUACUAUUUAGUACACUAAAGGCCAGCACACAGUUCUGGAUGUUCAUUGUCCAGUUCAUUGUCCGCUGACUUUCAUUGGCUGGUGAACAAGGGUAACACGGGGCAAGAUGACAGCUUCACUCCAGUCCCCUAACAAUGGCAGUUUCUUUAGCCUAGAUCUUGCUCAAGGCUAUUAAUUGCUAAUUUUUCUGGGGUGGGAUAGAGCUGAAUAGGCAGCAGUAAUAAUUGGACCCACAUGAUUAACUGCAGGUUGCCCCCACACUAGGGGUGUUGGGUCUCAGCCUCAGGAGUUUUUGUGCAUCUUGAAAUCCAGUUUGAAUGGAAUCAGAGCUCCAGUCCCUUCCCCAUUCCUCUCAUUUCCUUCUUUCAUAGUCAGAGCACUUGGUUCAGGGAAUAAGUCAACAGUUAUUUCCAUAGUUCCUCACAGAGAGUCUCAGACUUGGCCUCCUCCAGCAAUGUCAUUGGGAUAGGUCAGAUCUCACAAGCCUGAAAAUAGCCCUUACUUUACCCUUAGGUAAAACUUGAGGAUUACUCAGUUCCUUCAUAUUUUAAAACCGGCUUUCUAGCUACCAUCAUUAAAGGAAUUGUCACCAGCUCUGCACUGAGGGGGCAGCCACAGCUGGACUGGAUUCCUCUAAGGAUGGAGUCAAUGUCACCAUGAAGUAGAAAGGGCCAACCAUGGCUAGUGGCUUGUUGCCUCUGGUCCAACUGUCCCUCACUACAUUAUAUCCUGAUUAUGAAGCUCUUUUUGCUCAAGUCCAAGGCGUUCAUCUUCUUUCAAGAUCCCAAAAGCCAUCUUUUGGCCUCAUCUGAGAAAAAUUGCCUAUAAUACUAUCCCUUAAACUUUGGAGACUAGACCAGCUUCACUUAGAAGCUGUGUCCAUUGUCCCAGAUAGACUCCUAAGACUUAAUGCAAGGGCUUUGCUGUGUGGUCUGUCAAAGGAACCUGCACUUUAAGACACUUCAGGAAGAUACUCUUAUGGCUUCUGGCAAGAGUAUAAUUGUACAUCACCAAGCAAUGACAAAUAAGCUACACAGGCAUUUCCAGCUUGGAUUAGUGGGAGGAGAGACUCAUCAAAUAGAAUUCUUCACUACCUUUGUGAGCUACUGACUUGCUUCUGGGAGGACAGUGCUUCCUUUUUUGUUCCCUACCCCCUACCCUCACCACAUCCUAUCACAUCUUGAAAACCAUGUGGAAGAGAAUAUGCACACAGAUAUACAACCUUUCUCAAAGCUGGAGAGACCAGGCUAUAUGUGAGCUCUGCAGAAACCUGUUGAGGCUCAUCCUGAGGGCUAGACAGUUGACCCAGGGUUUUAGGAUGAGGGUCAGAGGUAAGAACUACCACAUGGAACUUAAUAAUAAGCCAAAGGAAGGCAGGGACCUGUGGAAAUUAGAUCCAAGAUGGCAUCUCCAAGCCUUAGAGUAUGUUGAAAAGAGUGAGAAAUGCUUCUACUAGUAUGAAGUCCUAUUGCUUGAGAAGGACCCAAAACCCAUCUAUCACUAGGACCCAGUUUGCAGCAAGAUCUCUUCAGCUUUGAGUGGUGAGACUCUGAAGUGGGAAUGGAGAGAAGCUUAAGCAUAUCACAGUGUUUGUCUUUUUAGAAAGUCACCAUUGCUGAUCUGCUCUCAAACCUCUACCCUGGAUGACCUGUGCUGUGGUGGAAUAGGGAUUUACCCUGCACCUUCAAUACACAAGUCUUACUAAUGAAAAAGCUUAUUCAAGCUCAGAACUCAAAGGAUGGACCCUCUGGUGUACCUCCUCUUCCCUCAGCCUGCCUUCACUCUUCCCUAACAAAAAACAGCACACUCCUACUGAGUUGUAUGUAGAGACAUAUUCUUGGUGGGCCAGGGAAGGUAAAAAUGGACCAGCAAUGUCAAAGUUUUUUGAAUUGGUGAAGUGGGAUGUUCUCAGUUUUGUUAUAUGCUUGUAGCUGGGUCAGUCCUUCAGAGCAUAUGUGCCCACGCCCCCUGAUUCCUUCGAUAUGGCAUCAAAUACCUAGAGACAUAGAAGUGCCCUGGAGAGUCUCAAUAAAAGGGCAAGAACAUAGGUGGCUGGAAGCCUGACUACCUUCUGGUCAGUAUAAACCUUUGGCCAAGUUCUUAAGGAAACCAGGUUUAUGUUCUUGAAGGGACAGUCUGGUUUAGGACCCUAGUGGGUUUCAGUAGUAUAAGGCAGCUUGCAUAGUUUAACAUUCAUAUGAAAAUCUCUUUGAGUAAACAAUAAAUGAAGCUGUUGGGGGUGGGGAAGAACAAGAAUUGGAAACUGGAAUCAGCAGGAAGUCCCUGUCGGCAAAGGGAAUACACAGCUUCUGGGAAGAGUUCCGCAGUGUUUUUAUUGCAUACCAGGCCUAACAGUCUCCCAGUCCUCAAAGUCAGCCUAGCUUCACUGCACACUUGACAAGUGCUUGCUCAGCAGGUCCCAGAACCCAGGGUCCUUCAUCCCCCUAGAUUAGCAUCGGCCAUGACUUUACUCAUCAGGCUUCUGCACACUCCCUGGGGCCUGCUGCAGAAAUCUCCCUGCCUUAGCCUCCCUUUCCCCAGGACUCUUCUCCUGAACCCUUUAAUUGCCUCUUCUUUUUUUUGCUUUUGUUUUUUUGUUUUGUUUUGCCUGCAUUUGCAAUUACUUUUCACUAAUAUGUUGGAAAUGGCCUUUUUAUUUUGCACAAAUCAUUGCACAUUUAUGAAGAAAAUUUAGUAAAGUCCAUUUUUAACUCUAAAGGGAACUUUUUUCUCUAAAACUGACUAGUAAAGCUACUGAUACAGAGGGGCCAUAUGGUUAGGGAAAAGCUCCUCUGUGGAAAGAGCAUGUUUACUCAUCUUGUACAUUUUCUUCUUUUAACUGCUAUUAAACAAGAGAGCCUACAUACCUGUUUCAAAAGCCA